AGUGCACACUGAUGGCGAGACUGAAGUAAAGCUGUGAAUGUGGUAAAAACGUGUCUUGUAGGGCACCAUAGAAUGUGUUAUGAUGAAAUUUGCGCAAAAUACAAACUGAUCCUUGAAGCCCUUUUAAAUUUAACUUUAUAAAUUCGUGGAGUAAUGGGGAAUUCCCUUAUGGUUAAUGGAAACUCAUAGAGCAAACAGAAAAAAGUGUAGUUACAUUGUCAAGAAACGGACAAAUCUCUAACGGAAGCUGUGUCGCCAAGUUCGCUUGUUUGCUAGUCGGAACGUUUUUAACGAUACUCUCAAAGAAACAUGGCGACGUCCGUGGGAAAGCCACGCGUGAGCUUCGUAGAGUCUGAAGAUUCAAAAGAUGAUGUGGAUGUGCCCGAAGAGAGUGGCAGUGAGGUAGAAGACUCUGCCGAGGACGGUGAUGAAGAGGGAACAGACGACGAAGGCAGCGAGGUCGAGCAAGAGGACACUGGGGCGAGCGAUGAAGAGGAGGCAGCUGAGGGAGGAAGUGACGAAGAUGAGGAAGAUGAAGGGGGUGAAGACCAGGCUGCUAGCAACCCAAACGCUGGUUGGGCCGACGUCAUGGCAAAGAUCCUUAAGAAGGAAACGCCCAACAGCAAGCCAGUGAUCCUCCAGAAGAACAAACAACUAGAGAAAAUGAAGGAGAAGGCCAAAGUGGAGAUACUGGAGCGCAAGAAGCACACUGACAAGAGGAAAGCAUGGGAGAUGAUGUGUCGUGUCAAGCCGAAUGCGGUAGAAGACAGGGGGUCAGAGAAGAGUCUACAGAGAACCUCAACCAGAGGUGUGGUUCAGCUGUUCAACGCUGUGCGGAAGCACCAGAAGGACGUGGAUGAGAAGGUGAAGGAGGCUGGCGGCUCGGAAAGGAAGAAGGCCAAAAUCCUCGCCACCGUAUCCAAGAGGGACUUCAUUAACGUGCUGAGAGGCACAGAGGGCACUGCUGAGGCUGCCAAGGCGGUCAAAGCAGAGGCCAGUGAGCAGGCAGAGGGGAAGCCGGCGUGGAGCGUCCUCAGGGACGACUACAUGAUGGGCGCCUCCAUGAAGGACUGGGACAAGGAGAGCGACGAGGAGCCCACACAGGAGGAGGGGAAAGGGGAGGGCUACAACAGCGAGUCGGACUAAAGCCACUUUCCCCUCCGCCAAUGGUGUUCGUUUAUGGUCUUAUUGUUCACUGGACACAAGCGAUGAUGGUUUUACAUUUAUGUAAAUGUAAAAUGUGACUUUUUUGUUACUAUUAAGUUGUGAGGGUCCAUCUGAAGUAUGGAAGAUGGGAUCCUUGUGUCCUUCCGAAACAAUCUCCACACACUAUGGAGAGGGGGCUGUUUGUUGAUGGAGCCUGUUCUGACAGACUUCCAUGAAAGAGCUGGACUAUACUGGGAACCAUGAAGCCUGGAUACGCCAACAGGAGGAGGAUGAGGAAGAGGAGGAUGGUUGAGGUGGUGAUUGUUGCCUACUUGGGGGGGUGUUCCAAGUACGUGGUUUAGUGACAAACUUGGCUCAGUUAACGGAGUGGUAAACCU